AUGGAUCAGGAUCAGGAUAUGCAUUCUGGCACUGCAGGCCCGCGACUCUCAGAGAACCAAGCCCUGAGCACCGCAGUGGACAUGGCUGUGACCUGCAUCUUGCUUUUCCAGAUCGUAGUUGGGAAUAUGGCCAAUGUCAUUCUCUUCUUCCAUAAUGUGUCUCCCAUCCUGCUUGGCUCUAGACCGAAGCCCACACAAGUGAUUUUCUGUCACCUGGCCAUAGCCAAUGUCUGUCUUCUCUCUACUGGGAUUCCUCCCAUCAUGGUGGCUUUUGUUACGAGAUGUCCUCUGUCUGCUCUUGGAUGUCAAGUGGUCUAUUUCAUUCACCAUGCUGCUCACGUUACUGUACUGUGCUCCACCUCUGUUCUGAGCACCUACCAGGCAGUCACUCUGAUCCCUGUGAGUACGGGAAGAAUGAUGACAAUCAGGAGACAUGUCCUGGGGCUCACCAGCCAUUCUUGCUGCACCUGCUGGGCAUACAGUGCCCUAGUAAGUGUCUUUGUUCCCAUGAAAAUCACAGGUCCACAGGACAAGCUCAACCAUACCCAUCCCCAUGAUCCAUGGUUCUGCUCAUCCCAGGGUGGUAUUUUGGGCUAUGUUUUCUUGUUGUUUGUCUCAAAUGCCAUAUUUAUUGGCAUCAUGUGCUGGGCUUGUGGGUCCACAAUUCUGCUCCUGUAUAGACACCAAAAGCGACAGCAGCAAAUUCACACCUCCAGCCACCGCCACAGAGGCUCCCCAGAGACCAGGGCAGCCUACACUGUCUUGUUGCUGGUAGUCACUUUCGUUCUUUUUUAUGUGGUUGACUCUGCUUUUACGUUUUAUAUCACUGUUUAUAUGAGGUUUAGCCUGUGGGUGUUGAAUGUGUCUUGCAUUUUACAUGUGUGUUUUCCUACAAUUUCUCCUGUACUUCUCCUCCUUCGAGACCCUAGAAUGCCUACUUUCAGAUUUUGAAUGGUUAACAAAAUCCUAGGUGUAUACCAAAACAUGUGGAAGAUGGUGGCUGUGUUUAAUAACCAUUCACAGAGUAUCAAUAUUUUACAUAAAAAUCAGCAAUGAGCUUAGAAGGUCAAACUGAUUCCCAGUGCCUCCCAGACAAUUCUGAUGGUCAGUAGAUGAAAUGUUAAGCUCAGAAAAAAAAAAAAUCUCUAGUAUGACUGGAGAUCAAAGCCUUCUGAUCUACUGAGGAGAAACAUGAAAGAAUAUCCUUUCUUUAGUAGUAGCUGAAAAGUUUCCACAUUUGUGCCUUCCAAAAGUUUGCACAAGAGUCAAUUCAAUCCAUAUCAAUUUUU